GGGGGGUUCGUGUCAUGGCGUCCUCCUUGAAGGGGGUUGGGUUCACUGCUUCAAAAUAAGUGCGAUAUUUUAUAUUCCUGCGGCACCGUCAGUUAAGAGGCUUCAACGCAUUUAGGAUAUUGUUGCACAUGAAAAUGGGGACUGUGCAUGCGAGGAGAAUGGAUUCUUACCCUAUGCAUUGGCGAGACAUGGGCGUCAACCCAGAUGAUAUAGAAGUGGAGGCGGUGCAAGAAUCUAAGCAAGAGAUUUUAGAGAAUAAAGAUGUUGUUGUUCAGCAUGUGAACAUUGCAGGUCUAGGAAGAACUAAAGAGGAUUACUUGGGCUAUGAGAUCUCUGAUGUCUUCACUGCCAUGAACCUGGUUGAAGUGAUGAGGAAAUCCCAUGAGGCCAGACAGAGGUUACUCCGUCUGGGCAUAUUUAAAGAUGUGGAGGUGGUGAUUGACAUCUCGGAAGGAGUGGAUGCGCUGCCAAAUGGACUCGAUGUUACUUUUGAGGUAACUGAACUAAAACGUCUUACUGGCAGUUACAAUACCAUGGUUGGAAACAAUGAAGGCAGUAUGGUACUGGGUGUUAAGCUUCCAAAUAUGUUUGGUCGAGGAGAGAGGCUCACCUUUCAAUUCGCUUAUGGAACUAAAGAGACAUCCUAUGGCCUGUCUUUCUUCAAACCUCAGCUGGGAUAUUAUGAACGCAACUUCACUCUGAACCUGUACAAAAUCACUGGCCAGUUUCCAUGGAGCUCUCUCAAAGAAAGUGACAGGGGCGUUUCUACAGAACUGAAUUUCCCUCUGUGGAUGACGGAUCAUACUCUAAAAUGGGAGGGCGUGUGGCGAGAACUUGGAUGUUUGGCCCGAAGUGCCUCCUUUGCCGUGAGAGAGGAAAGUGGCCACACCCUAAAAUCAGCCCUUUCUCACACCAUGGUAAUCGACACAAGGAACUCUGCGAUCUUGCCCCGAAGAGGUGCCUUAUUACGGAUCAACCAGGAACUGGCAGGAUACACCGGUGGAGAUGCCAGCUUUCUCAAAGAGGACUUUGAGCUACAACUCAACAAACCAUUUAUUUGGGGUUCUGUCCUUUCUGCAUCUCUGUGGGGAGGGAUGAUCUAUCCUCUUACGAGUCAACCUACUUCUAUUGCUGACAGGUUCUAUCUUGGCGGUCCAACGAGUGUAAGAGGUUUUGGCAUGUACAGUAUUGGGCCCCAGAGUGAAGGUGAUUAUCUGGGUGGGGAAGCAUAUUGGGCCAGUGGGCUCCACCUUUACACACCCCUCCCCUUCCGCUCGACCCGGGGCGGCUUGGCUGACCUCUUCAGAACUCACUUUUUCCUCAAUGCUGGAAACCUUUGCAACCUAAACUAUGGACAGGGACCACACGCACAUCUACAGAAGCUUGCAGAGUGUAUCCGUUGGUCUUACGGGGCGGGAAUAAUUCUACGACUAGGAAACAUUGCAAGACUUGAACUCAAUUACUGUUUUCCCAUGGGUGUUCAGAGUGGAGACAGGAUAUGUGAUGGAGUUCAGUUUGGAGCAGGCAUCCGUUUCCUGUGAUCUCCGCAGCUGAAGGGAGUUGUGGAUUAGCUUAUAUAUGAGUUGUAAACACUAAGUGAGAGUUGUUCUUGUAUGCACAAUCUGAGUAUGCACUCCUUUUUACCUAGAAGGCAAAGGGUGUCAGAGCUUACUACAGAAAAAAAUGUUGCUUUUGCUGCAUACCUCUCAUCUUUUGGUAAAGGGUUAGUUCACCCAGAAAUUAGAAUUAUGUUAUAAUUUACUCACCCUGAUGUCGUUCCAAACCCAUUCGGCUUUCUUUCUUCUUCUGGAACAUAUGAGACAACAAGUAUGUUGAUGCUGCUACUAUAUUUCCUAUAAAAUGAAAGUGAUUGGUGACUGAGGCUAACAUUUUGCGUAACAUUUCAUUAUGUGUUGCAUGGAAGAAAGGUCAUAUAGGUUUAAAACAACAUCAAAGUAAGUAAAUUAUGACAGAAAUUUAACUUCUGAGUGAACUAUCCUUUUAAGAGAGGGAACUGCAGGUGCUAAAAUAGUUUUCCUUCUACAGUUGUUUCCAAAGUGGAAAGCUGGUACGAAACCACACCACCAUCCACUUAUAUGUUCUUUAUCUGUGUUGGGAGAUGUGCAGUAAAUAUUGUACUUCGGAAAAAGGCUCUGUGAUUUAAGCAGUCGCAGUCUCUACUGUGAUGAAAACUACAUAUAAACCUGUAGCCAAAUGACUUUAACAAAGCACUUUUUCUCCUUUUACAUAUAUGGUUUAGUUUUGAAGUCAGUUGUCUCCUCUAAUGCCAAACUGGAUAAAUGAAUAGAUUCAGAAUGACUUCACUGAACGAAUCGUGAGUCAACUUCGAGUCCUUUUGUGCAAUGCACCAGCAGUGCUCUUAUUGUUAGAACUUUUUUAUUUUAUUAUUGUCAGAAUUUGUUAUAUUGUGCACAGAAUAAAACUGAUAACCCAA